AUGCCUACUGAAGAUAAACCCCUCGAACAAACAAAACGCACAGCCAUGUCCUACGCAAUGGACUGGGGCAAAUCCUCCCUCCCCCCGACCCUCCUCGCAACCCUAAUAACAGCCCUGCAUGCCCGCCCCUUCCGACCACUCCCGAUGCUCUUCCCGCCAGUACUCCUCUUCUCCGCGUACCUAAACCUCAACGGCUUCAUUGUGGACUCAGCCGGCUUAACUGCUGCCUGGAGCGGACUGUACCUGAUUAUGGCGAACAGGAGGAGGGUAAAAGGGAGUUUCGGGCAGAGGAUUGGGGGUCGUUUUGGGGCGAGGGGGAUGGUGAGGGGUGGUGCGAUGGCGUUGGCGGCGGGGAAUCUGGUCGUGUGCGGACUGACUUAUGGGCUGGGGAGGAGGGUGAAGGAUGAUGGGGUAGCGAGGGAGAAGGAGGUUUGA